AUGGGAAAUCAUGCAAGUAAAGCCUCCGAAGCCUUGUUUCAUGAAAUCUUUUCACAGUUUUCAAAAGAGGAACAGGCUGUCCUUUUGCAAAAAUUUGGAGAAUUCGCUUCUGAUAAUAUAGACUUGCGCGAUCAAAAAUUUGGAAAAGCUCGUGAUGCAGGAGUAACAGCCCUAAGCAUUAAAAAACAUCUUCCUUCCGUAUUAGGAGAACAUUUAAAAGAUGGUUUCGUACAAUAUUUUCAAAUACAAUCGGCAUCGAUUGGGAAACAACUUUCAUCAGAAAAAUUAGAAAAGUUAUUACAACCAUCACCUUCUUUACAUAUAACUCAACUUGGAUUCAUUUCUUCAAUUCACAAUUUAGCUAAAACAACACCUUCGGAUCAAUCCCAAGCGGCUUUUAUCGUUGGUCAUUUAUAUCAAGGAUCUUUAAAAACCUUUAUUCAAGAAGUUAUAAGAACUUCGCUAGUUUAUUGGUUCGAAGGAGCUUAUAUUUCUCAAACCGGACAAGUAAGAGAAUCAAAAAAUAAAGGAAAAAAAAAUUCAUUUUUGGAUUUAGAUGGCACAAAUUUAAUUGAUUAUUUAAUUUUAUUUCCAAAAUUAAAACAUGGUGAACCUGAAGAGGAUUCACUUUUUAAUUUAAUUAAAGAAGCGGAGAUUGAAGGAUAUUUUAAUCGAGGUUCUUUUAUGGAUUGGUAUAUUAAAAAUACACCUUUUCAACAUUUAUUUAAUAUCCUGCUUUCCUAUGUAUUCCUACCUAAGAAUUUACCUCAAGAUUCGAUUAAAAUGUUAAGAUUUGCCAAUUCGAUUUCUCCAGAAAUUUAUUCUCCAUACAAAGCUUUACCGAAUUUCUCUCAACUUUUAACACCUUCGGAUUAUUAUGUGUUAAAUAGUCAUUUACCACCAGAUUGUCGUGUCACCACACACACGCUAUUAUUCUCCUCAGUCAGAGAUGGAGACAGUUGGAGUACAUUUAUUAAUUCCAUAUUAUAUCAAGGUUCAACCUAUAUUAUAAUAAAAGAUAAAGAUGGUUAUAUAUUUGGUGGUUUUACUUAUGAAGAUUGGGAACUUAAACCAAAAUGGUAUGGAAAUGGAAAGAAUUUCUUAUUCUCCAUUAAACCUAAAUUGAGAUUGUAUCCUUCUACCGGGUAUAAUGACCAUUACCAAUAUUUAAAUUAUGGAACGAAAACUUUGCCUAACGGGUUGGGAAUGGGAGGACAAUUCGAUUUUUGUGGAUUAUGGAUCAAUUCAGAUAUUAUUAACGGACAUUCAAAAGCAACACCAUUAUCAUCUACCUAUAGUAGUGCACAACUGUCAAAGAAACAAGAGUUUAAAGUAGAUGAAAUUGAAGUCUGGCUUGUUAAACCGACAGAAAAAGAUCCUGAUGAAAUACCUAAAGGACCAAAAGGUUCUGCAUUGGAUAAAAAUCCAGCAGAAUUGGAAUUAUUGCAAAUGUCUACAAAUAGGAAAAUGUAUUCAAAGGAUGUUAGAGAUCCUAGUUUGUUUAUUAAUGAAGAUGAGUAA